AAAAUAGCCUCAUACAUUUACGGUACCCACAUAACUUUAAAUAGAUUCCUUGAUUCAAUAUUUAAUACUAAACUUGCUAUCACGAUGAGUAUAUAAAUCCAUUUUAAACAUAUCUAAAGCACGCAGUAAAUCAAAAGUACUCGAAGAAUAAGUUUACUAAAGCUAAAAUAAAAAAAAUGCUCUCUUUAAAAUGUGUUGUUUUGUUCGCUGCCUGUCUAAUCCUGGCGGUUUCAGCCUUGCCGGCAGCCCAUUUUUACGAUCCUGAACCAUCUGUUUUAAGUCAGAUUAAUCAACCGGCCUUAGGACGUCACAUACGUUCUCCAAAAGGUGGACAUAUUGAUUUGGACGUUAAAAAGGAUCAAUCCGGUAGUCAGGCCUCAGUUAAUUACAAUCAAAAUAUUUUCACCAGUCAUGAUGGUCGAGGAUCCGUUGACGCCUAUGCUCAAGCAUCACGUGAUUUUAGUCAUAAUCGUAAUGAUUUCAGUGGUGGCAUUCGUGGAUCGUGGAAAUUUUAACUACAAUAAAGAUAUUGUUAUCAGCUGUGAUCGUCAAUGAUCGGCUGAGGCUAAAGUAUCUACAUAACAUAACCGUAAAGAUAUGAAACUUAUAUAAAUAAAUAUUUGCGUAAAAAAUAAAA